CUGACUUGACAUAAUUUCAAUUUUGCAAGUAACAAAAAUAUUUAAACAAAACUGUGAAUGGAUUCUUUUCCUUUAUUUCAUAUUUGAAGAAUUAAAUAACCGUCAACACGGGUGCAUUUAUUAUAAUCUAAUAUGUCGUCUGAUCCUUUGUUUGGAUGGGACUUAACUUUCAAGACGGUUGAAAAAGAUAUCAAACAAAAAUCUGAUGUUGUUAUUGCCUUCAUUCAUUGGAAUUUAACGAAAAGAGGUUUUCGUAACGUCGGUAUUGGUGAUGAGCACACUCUUACAGGAGAUGAGUCAAGAAGUGAGCUGCUGCCCGCAGGUUGGAAUGACGGUGAAAAUUAUACACUGCGCUAUGUGUUUGAAGAGAAACUGUAUAUAUUGCAUGGCCUGAAUACCGAUGGAAACCUCAUUGUGAAUUUAAUGAGAUCAGUAGACUUGGCAGUUUCUAAUAUUGCAGUCAAGAUAGAAGAGACAGUAAAUAAGACGAGCGGUUCAAUAGACCAACUGCUACCAGGUCACAAGGAAUUCAUGCAUAAUAUCAAAAGAGAUCUGAUCGAAACUAUCAUAGACAGACCAACUAGCACAGCCCAGACACAGACUGUACCAAAUACUUCAAACAGUUACAGAAAUCCUAAUGAUGAUCCACUCAGGGUGACACCAAGACCUAUGCCUGGAGUUGUUCCUGAAAAUCCUAACUUGUGGGAUUUGCCGCCUUCUGAUUUGCGAAAUGUCGGCCGAUCUGAUCUGGACCCAUUUGCGCCGCCCGGUGGUGGAAUGCUCUUCAACCCGUUCAGCCCUGGCAGGGAUAUAGAAAAUCCAGGAUUAGGCAUUCCUGGUGGACUGCCUAGAGGCUCAGUACCUCCAGGAGCUCGGUUCGAUCCGUUCGGCCCGCCAGGCGUGGGUCCCAUGCCCGGCCGGCGUCCCCCACCACCUGACGCCGAUCACUUUCCUCCCCCUGGAUUUAGCGAUAACAUGUUUAUGUAAUAAGCAUCGUUAUUAACCUUAGGUUGAACUUGUCGGAGUGCACUUCAGAUAAGCAGCGCGGCCUAAGUUUCUUGAUAUCUUAUAGUAUGAGUCGCAUGAGCGAAGUGGAUGACGUUCGAGAAGACAAAACAAAAAAUCGAUAGAGUUGUACCCAAAAUCGGUAGAUUAGUACCAUUAAUCGGUAAAGAAUUAUAUAAAAUCGUUCAAGUAGUUGAUUGACUGCUCAGAUUCAGCUAACCCUAAAUCUUAUAAUUCAAGGCAAAAUUUAGGGCAUUGUGGUAUCUGAGAGGACGACAAAUUUUCAAAAAAAAAUCUACAGAAAUUCAUUUAAAAAAAAGUUAAUCGCUCGUCUUUGUUUUAAUACAUGUUGGUGUAUCGGUAGAAAAAUCAAUAGUUUCUAGUCCAUAUAAACCGCUCAAAAAUAAAUUGGCAAAGUUGAAAAUCUAUCAAAAUAUGUUUUGUCGUUUUGUUCGCCUGCUUGCUCUAAACCAAUAAUCAUUCAUCAUUAAAAGUUGUAUCUAUUAAUAAAUUUAUAUGGUUCAAA